AUGGAUGGACACAGCAGCGGCGGGUGCGCACGGCCGCGCGCCUCCGGGACGCACGGAGCCCAGAAGAAGGAGGAGAUCCCGGAGCGAGUGACUCUGAAGAAGGAGAUCGGGCUCCUCAGCGCCUGCACCAUCAUCAUAGGGAACAUCAUCGGCUCGGGGAUCUUCAUCUCUCCGAAGGGCGUCCUGGAGCACUCGGGCUCGGUGGGCGUGGCGCUGGUGGUGUGGUUACUGGGAGGAGGCAUCGCCGCACUGGGAUCGCUGUGCUACGCAGAACUGGGCGUCACCAUCCCCAAGUCUGGAGGCGACUACUCCUACGUCACGGAGAUAUUCGGUGGUCUGAUGGGGUUCCUCCUGCUGUGGAGCGCCGUCAUCAUCAUGUACCCGACCACGCUGGCCGUCAUCGCCCUCACCUUCUCCAGCUACGUCCUGCAGCCCGUCUUCCCAGAGUGUGUUCCUCCAUACAUGGCCACGAGGAUGCUGUCGGCCACCUGUCUCCUGCUGCUGACCUGGGUGAACUGCUCCAGUGUGCGGCUGGCCACCAGGAUCCAGGACGUCUUCACCGUGGGGAAGCUCAUGGCUCUGGGCCUCAUCAUCGUGGUCGGCCUGGUCCAGAUCUUCAAAGGGAACUACGAGGCUCUGGCACCUUCCGUGGCCUUCUCCAUGGAGCGGACGCCGACGGUCGGGCAGAUCGCUCUGGCCUUCCUUCAGGCCUCCUUCGCCUUCAGCGGCUGGAACUUCCUCAACUACGUCACCGAGGAGGUGGUUGAACCCAGACGGAAUCUACCUCGUGCCAUCUACAUUUCCAUUCCAUUGGUGACCUUUGUGUACACGCUCACCAACAUCGCCUACUUCUCCUCCAUGUCGCCCGAGGAGCUGCUGUCGUCCAAUGCCGUGGCUGUAACGUUCGGGGAGAAGCUUCUGGGGAUGUUCUCCGUCAUCAUGCCCAUCUCCGUGGCCCUGUCCACCUUCGGAGGAAUCAACGGUUACCUGUUCACCUCCUCCAGGUUGUGUUUCUCCGGAGCCAGAGAGGGUCACCUGCCGAGCCUGCUGGCCAUGAUCCACUAUAAGUACUGCACGCCCAUCCCCGCCCUGCUGUGCUGUUGCACUGCCACCAUCGUUAUUCUCUGCAUCGGAGAAACACACAACCUCAUCAACUACGUGUCCUUCAUCAACUACCUGUCGUACGGCGUCACCAUCGCAGGCCUGCUGUACUACCGCUGGAAGAAGCCCAACCUCUACCGACCAAUCAAGGUGAACCUGCUGGUUCCUGUGUGUUACCUGAUGUUCUGGGCCCUGCUGCUGGGAUUCAGUCUCUACUCGGAGCCGGUGGUUUGUGGCGUCGGCCUCGUCAUCAUGCUCACCGGCGUCCCCGUCUACUUCCUGGGUGUUCACUGGAGAGAAAAACCAAAGUGUAUCUACAACUUCAUCGAGAGGGCGACCUACGUGGGCCAGAGGUUGUGCUUCGUGGUCUUUCCACAUGUGACUGAAGGAAGUGAUGAAACAGGAAGUAGAACCCUCCUCAACAGGAUCUACACUGAGCUCUACAUCACAGAGGGACAGAGUGAAGAGGUUAAUACUCAACAUGAGGUGAGGCAGCUUGAGACGGCUUCCAAGAAGAAGAUCCUCCAGGACACUCCCAUCAAGGUCCACGACAUCUUUAAAGCCUCCACUGACCAGCAGAGCAGCAUCAGAGUCGUCCUGACCAACGGCGUCGCUGGCGUUGGAAAAACCUUCUCGGUGCAGAAGUUCACUCUGGACUGGGCAGAGGGUUCAGAGAACCAGGAUGUGGGUCUGCUGGCUGUGCUUUCGUUCAGGGAGCUGAACCUGGUGAAGGACCAGCAGCACAGUCUUCUCACGCUGCUCCAUGUUUUCCAUCCAGCGUUACAGAAGCUCACGGCAGAGACGCUCGCUGUCUGUAAACCUUUGUUCAUCUUUGACGGCCUGGAUGAAAGCAGACCUUCUCUGGACUUCAACCACAGGGAGCUUGUGUCUGAGGUCACACAGAGAUCAUCAGUCAACGUGCUGCUGACAAACCUCAUCCGGGGGAAUCUGCUUCCCUCGGCUCUCGUCUGGAUAACCUCCAGACCUGCGGCGGCCAAUCAGAUCCCUCCUGCAUGUGUUGACAGGUUCACAGAAGUACGAGGCUUCACUGAGGCCCAGAAGGAGGAGUACUUCAGGAGGAGAUUCAGUGAUGAAGAGCUGUGCAGCAGAAUCAUCUCACACAUCAAGACGUCCAGGAGCCUCCACAUCAUGUGUCAAAUCCCAGUCUUCUGCUGGAUCAGUGCUACAGUUCUGGAGCACAUGUUGACCACAGACCAGAGAGGAGAGCUGCCCAAGACCCUGACUGACCUGUACUCACACUUCCUGCUGGUUCAGACAAAGAGGAAGAACAACAAGUACGGUGAGGGACAUGAGACGACUCCACAGCAGCUGACGGAGGCUGACAGGGACGUUCUCCUGAAGCUGGGGAGGCUGGCACUUAAACAUCUGGAGGAAGGAAACAUCAUGUUCUACCAAGAAGACCUGGAGCAGUGUGGUCUUAAUGUCACAGAGGCCUCGGUGUACUCAGGAGUUUGUACUGAGAUCUUCAGAAGAGAGUGUGAGAUCUUCAAGAAAUCAGUCUACUGCUUUGUUCAUCUGAGCGUUCAGGAGUUUCUGGCUGCAGUCUACAUGUUCCACUGUUACACCAAGAGGAACACAGAAGAACUCAACAACUUCUUGGGAACAAAUGGGAACACAGACAGUACCUUCUCCCUGGAUGACCUCCUGAAGAGAACCAUGAAGAAAUCCCUCACCAGUACAAAUGGUCAUCUGGACCUGUUUGUUCGCUUCCUUCAUGGCCUCAGUCUGGAGUCCAACCAGAGAGUCUUAGGAGGCCUGCUGGGUCGGACAGAGAACAAUCCAAAGAUCAUCCAGAGAGUCUCAGGAUGGCUGCUGGGUCGGACAGAGAACAAUCCAGAGAUCAUCCAGAGAGUCUUAGGAGGCCUGCUGGGUCAGACAGGGAACAAUCCAAAGAUCAUCCAGAGAAUCAUCAACAACCUGAAGGAGAUGAAGAGUGAUGACAUUUCUCCUGACAGAAGCAUCAACAUCUUCCACUGUCUGACUGAGAUGAACGACCACUCAGUUCAUCAGCAGAUGAAACAGUUCCUGACGUCAGAGAACAGAUCAGAGGAGAAACUCUCUGAGAUCCACUGCUCAGCUCUGGCCUACAUAAUGCAGAUGUCAGAGGAGGUUCUGGAUGAGUUGGACCUGAAGAAGUUCAACACAUCAGACCAGGGUCGAUGGAGACUGAUCCCAGCUGUGAGGAACUGCAGGAAGGCUCGACUCUGGUAUUGUGGACUCUCAGAGACUCACUGUGAAGUCGUGGCCUCAGCUCUGAAGUCAGACCCCUCACAUCUGAGAGAACUGAAUCUGAGCUACAACGAGCUGCAGGACUCAGCAGUGAAGCUGCUGUGUUCUGGACUGGAGAGUCCAAACUGUCGACUGGAGACUCUGAGGUUGGAGGACUGCAGACUGUCAGAGAUCAGCUGUUCUUCUCUGGCUUCAGCUCUGAGGUCAAACCCCUCUCAUCUGAGAGAACUGGAUCUGAGCUACAACAACCUGCAGGACUCAGGAGUGAAGGAGCUGUGUGGUUUUCUACAGAGUCCAACCUGUCGACUCGAGACUCUGAGGUUGUGGAACUGCAGUCUGACAGAGAUCAGCUGUUCUUCUCUGGCUUCAGCUCUGAGGUCAAACCCCUCUCAUCUGAGAGAACUGGAUCUGAGUGACAACAACCUGCUGGACUCAGCAGCAGUGAAGGAGCUUCUUGAUCUACAGCAGAGUCCAACCUGUCGACUGGAGACUCUGAGGUGGAGGUCUUUGUGAAGCUGAGUGUGAAGAGGACAGUGUGAAGAGGACAGUGUGAAGAGGACAGUGUGUGUGGACGGAGGCUGAGCUGUGUCCUGAGGAUCCAGAGGCUGAAGCAGCAGCAGCUUGUGUGUAGUCUCCAAUCUACACAACCCCUAAUCUGCAUGUGUUUGUGAGAUGAAGCCGGAGCACCUGGAGAAAACACGGGGAGAACAUGCAGACUCCACACAGGAAGACCCCAUCUGAACCGGAUUCAAACCAGCAACCUUCCUGCCCCGAUUGUGUUUAUUCACAUGAAGAAUGUGUUUAUUGAAAUGACACAACACAAGCAGAAUAUAUAACCCCUCUAUAAAGAGUCACAUACAGUGUGUUUAAGUUUGUCUUUAUUAUUGUCCACCUUUGUCCCUCAGUGUGUCUCCAUGUGUGUAGAACCACAUUCUGUGUAUAUGAUUGUUUAUGAUCUUAAAGUUCCUGGAUUCACGUCACAAAUUGAUUUAGUUCAACACAAAGUUCAACACAUUGAAAUCACUUUGAGUUUAAUAUCAGAGUUUUGUCUUUGACACAAAAGAUCAAAACUCUGGACUUAAAAAUGGGACGUUUUCAUUUCUGCAUCAGGUGCAGAGCGGUGGUGGCUUUUCUACUUUUGACCCACAGGUGGCGCUGCAGUAUAACAGCAGCACAUCCCAGUCAAAGCCUUAAUAUUCAGUCUAUGAGUCAAACACAUGGAUCAUUUCCUCUGUGACAAACCAGAUGUAACGAGAAGAAAAACAUCUCAGAGAGAAAAGUUCUGUUUCUACUUGUCUCUGCUUUAAUGCUCAAUAAACAUCCUUCCACCGA